AAGAAGCGCAACGUGGUCUCGCGCGGCCGGCGGCGGGAUGGCGGUUGCUGCGGGGUAGCAUCUCAGGCCAACUGCUGCUCUCGCCCCGGCCUCGCCGCCUCCUUCUCCUCCUCUUCAGAGCGGGAGAGGCCCUCUCCCCCCCACCUCCACAUGAGGGAGAGUGGAGGGGGGCAGCUAGCCCCUCUCCCGCCCCACCACGCUCCUGAGGGAUGAAGGCGGCCCAAGGGGGCGCCGAGGCUUUUCAGAAAAAUAGCGACACCCAAAAAGAAAUCAUUUCAAAUAAAAAAUUUCUAGGCUGCCUGCCAACAUGCACCUCUUAGUCAUUUGUGGGCUUACAGCUUUCCUGCCUUGCUACCUGGAGGUAGUUCUUACUUCACAACAGGCAGUCAGAAACGGAGAAACUGAAUAAGAUGAGUUCCCUUCUAGAAAGGCUUCAUGUCAAGUUUAACCCUAACAGUAGACCUUGGACAGAAACCAUGAAGCUUGUCCGGCAAGUUAUGGAAAAGCGAGUUGUAAUGAAUUCUGUUGGUCACCAGAAUCUUGUCAGCUGCUUAGAAACUUUGCAGAAGGCAUUAAAAGUGACAUCACUACCUGCCAUGACAGAUCGCUUAGAGUCUAUUGCAAGACAAAAUGGUCUUGGAUCUCAUCUUAGUGCAAAUGGCACUGAAUGUUACAUAACUUCAGACAUGUUCUAUGUGGAAGUCCAUUUGGAUCCUACAGGACAGCUGUGCGAUGUUAAGGUGGCCCAUCAUGGAGAAAACCCUGUGAGUUGCCCAGAGCUGGUGCAGCAUCUAAGAGAGAGAAAUUUUGAAGAAUUUUCUAAGCAUCUGAAGGGUCUUGUCAAUCUGUAUAAACUGCCUGGUGACAACAAACUGAAAACCAAAAUGUACUUGGCUCUUCAGUCUUUGGAGCUUGAUCUUUCAAAGAUGGCAGGGAUGUACUGGCAAGCCACCAAUGCAAGCCCUUUGGACAAGAUUCUGCAUGGCAGUGUUGGCUAUCUCACCCCAAGGAGUGGAGGUCACCUGAUGAAUCUGAAGUAUUAUGUUUCACCCUAUGAUUUGAUUGAGGAAGGUACUGGAGCUCCUAUUAUUCUGAAUGAGAACAACGUUCCUCGCUACCUGGGUAUGAACAUAUGUGUUACAAUUGAGGGAACGCUGACAAUGAACAAACUUCCAAUUGCCCCUCUCAUUAUGGGAUCUCAUCCGGUGGACAACAAAGGGACACCUUCUUUCUCCUCAAUCACCAGUGCCAAUAGUGUUGAUUUGCCAGCUUGCUUCUUCUUGAAGUUCCCAAGGCCUAUUCCAGUUUCUCGGGCUUUCAUUCAGAAACUUCAGAACUGCACAGGCAUUCCAUUGUUUGAAACCCCUCCAACGUAUGUCCCCUUAUAUGAGCUUAUCACGCAGUUUGAGCUAUCCAAGGAAGAUGACCCUGGACCAUUGAAUCAUAAUAUGCGUUUUUAUGCGGCUUUGCCAGGACAGCAGCACUGCUACUUCCUCAACAAAGAUGCCCCCUUGCCAGAUGGACGAAGUCUUCAGGGAACUCUGCUCAGCAAAAUUGCUUUCCACCAUCCUAGUCGGGUUCCUCUCAUCCUCAAUUUGAUCAGGCAUCAGGUGGCCUACAACACUCUGAUAGGCAGCUGUGUCAAGCGAACAGUCUUAAAAGAAGAUUCCCCAGGCAUCCUGCAGUUUGAAGUUUGCCCUCUGUCGGAUUCCUGUUUCAGUGUGUCCUUUCAGCAUCCUGUAAAUGACUCUCUAGUUUGUGUGGUAAUGGAUGUGCAAGAUUCUACACAUGUGAACUGCAAAUUGUAUAAAGGGCUCUCUGAUGCACUCAUCUGCACAGAUGACUUCAUUGCUAAAGUUGUUCAAAGAUGCAUGUCAAUACCUGUGACCAUGAGAGCCAUCCGGAGAAAGGCUGAAACAAUCCAAGCAGACACACCAGCCUUGUCCCUCAUUGCUGAGACAGUUGAAGACAUGGUGAAAAAGAACCUUCCCCCUGCCAGCAGCCCAGGUUAUGGCAUGACCACCGGCAACAACCCAAUGAGUGGCACCACCACCCCAACCAACACUUUCCCGGGGGGACCCAUCUCCACGUUGUUCACGAUGAGCAUGGGUAUAAAAGAACGGCAUGAUUCAGUGGGCCAUGGGGAAGACUUCAGCAAAGUGUCCCAGAACCCUAUCCUUACAAGCUUGCUACAAAUCACAGGCAACGUGGGCUCCACUAUUGGAUCCAGUCCCACACCUCCACACCAUACCCCUCCCCCUGUGUCAUCUCCUGCAAGCAACACCAAGAACCAUCCCAUGCUCAUGAACCUGUUGAAGGACAAUCCAGCUCAAGAUUUCUCAACGCUGUAUGGAAACAGCCCACUUGAGAGGCAAAAUUCCUCUUCUGGCUCCCCAAGGAUGGAAAUGGGUCCAGGGGGCAACAAGCAAAAGAAGAAAAAAUCACGUGUCCUGGUGGAGAAACCCAAGCAUCAAACUGAAGAUGACUUCCAGAGAGAGCUGUUUUCCAUGGAUGUUGACUCUCAGAAUCCCAUCUUUGAUGUCAAUAUGACCACUGACACUUUAGAUACCCCUCAUAUUACUCCAGCUCCCAGUCAGUGCAGCACUCCACCGACAACGUAUCCACAGUCUAUACCUCAUACCCAGCCCAGUAUUCAGAGGAUGGUUCGGCUCUCCAGCUCAGACAGCAUUGGUGCUGAUGUGACAGAUAUCCUUUCUGACAUAGCAGAGGAAGCAUCCAAGCUACCAAGCACCAGUGAAGAUUGCCCUCCUAUUGGAACACCAGUAAGAGACUCCUCUAGUUCAGGGCAUUCCCAAAGUGCCCUGUUUGAUCCUGAUGUCUUUCAGUCUAACAACAGUGAAAACCCUUACACUGAUCCAGCUGACCUGAUUGCUGAUGCCACCGUGAGCCCAAACAGUGACUCUUCAAAUCAGUUUUUCCCUGAUGGAGUUGAUUUCAACCCUGACCUCCUGAACAGCCAGAGCCAAAGCGGUUUUGGAGAAGAGUACUUUGAUGAUAGCAGCCAGAGUGGAGACGCUGAUGACUUCAAGGGCUUUGCAUCACAAACGAUAAGUACUCUGGGCGUGCAAGUGCUGGGGGGAGAUGGAGGGGAGAGUAAGUUCAAGGCAAGCAGCCAAGCGGACACAGUCGACUUUAGUAUUAUCACUGCUGCCAGCAAGGCUCUGGGGGUCUCUGAUGUCAUGGAGCAUCAUAGUGGAAGCCAGAGCCCCUUACUGAGCACGGGAGAUUUGGGGAAGGAAAAGUCGCAGAAGCGGGUCAAAGAGGGUAAUGGAUCCGGGAGUUCUUUAACGGGCCCUGGGCUGGAUGGCAAGGGUGGAAAACGCAGUCGCACCCCAUCCAGCGAUGGGAAGAGUAAAGAAAAGGUCCAGAAGCGGAGGAAGGUGGAGCCAGAAGGCAAAUCUCCCUCUCAUAGUUCGUCUACCAGGCCUUUCACCCCACCAGCAAGCACAGGCGGCUCGAAAUCUCCUGGAAGUUCAGGCAGGUCUCAAACACCCCCUGGGGUAGCCACUCCUCCCAUACCCAAAAUCACCAUCCAGAUUCCCAAGGGAACAGUGACUGUUGGCAAACCUUCCCAUGGGCAGUACACAAGCAGCGGCUCAGUCUCCUCUUUGAGCAGCAAAAGUCAUCACAGUCAUUCCUCCUCCUCCUCUUCCUCCUCCUCAUCGUCAUCCUCGUCCUCUUCGUCUUCCUCAUCGACCUCGGGCAAAAUAAAGAGCAGCAAGUCGGAUGGGUCUUCUGGAUCCAAGAUGAGCAGCAGCCUCUACUCGGGCCAAGGCGGCUCUGGAUCAGGUCAGUCCAAAAGCUCCACCCAAUCAGUGGGAAAGCCCGGGUCCUCCCCCAUCACAAAACACGGCCUCAGCAGCGGCUCUGGAGGUACCAAGAUCAAACCUCAAGGGAAGCCUUCAUCACUUAUGAACCCUUCCAUGAGUAAACCAAACAUUUCUCCUUCUCAUUCUAGACCCUCGGGCGGUUCUGACAAGCUGGCCUCUCCGAUGAAACCCGUUCCAGGUACUCCCCCGUCGUCUAAAGCAAAGUCCCCUAUUAGUUCCGGUUCUGGAAGCUCACACAUGUCUGGGACUGGAUCAAGUUCAAGCAUGAAGUCCUCUUCAGGGAUGGGAUCCUCCAGUUCCAUGUCCCAGAAGCCACCCCCUUCUUCAAAUUCUUCAGCGGGAUCUUCAUCUUCCUUCUCGUCUGGCAGCUCUUCCAUGUCUUCGUCUCAGAAUCAGCACGGGAGUUCAAAAGGCAAGUCCCCAAGCCGGAACAAAAAGCCAUCUUUGACAGCUGUGAUUGACAAACUCAAGCAUGGUGUAGUCACCAGUGGCCCUGGUGGGGAAGACUCAAUGGAUGGACAGAUGGUCCAGAGUUCCAGUUCCUCAAGUCACUCCAUGUCCUCCAAACACAACCUCUCUGGAGGUGAAUUGCAGGGGAAGCGGGAAAGGAGUGACAAGGAGAAAUCCAAAGUCUCUGUUUCAGGAGGCUCCUCUGACUCUUCCAAAAAGGCAUCUGAUUCAAAGAAUGUUGGAAGCACUGGAGUGGCCAAGAUUAUCAUCAGCAAACAUGACGGUGGCUCUCCUAGCAUUAAAGCCAAAGUUACCUUGCAGAAGCCUGGGGAAGGAGGUGGGGAUGGCUUAAGGCCUCAGAUGACAUCUUCCAAAAGCUAUGGAUCGCCACUAAUAAGUGGGUCUACUCCAAAGCAUGAGCGCUGUUCUCCCAGUCACAGUAAGUCUCCAGCAUAUACCCCGCAAAACAUUGACAGCGAGAGUGAAUCGGGAUCAUCCAUAGCAGAGAAAUCCUAUCAGAACAGCCCCAGCUCUGAUGAUGGAAUUAGGCCUCUUCCAGAAUAUAGCUUGGAAAAGCAUAAGAAACACAAAAAAGAAAAGAAGAAAGUAAAAGAUAAAGACCGGGAUAGGGAUAGGGAUCGUGACAAAGAGAGAGACAAAAAGAAAACUCACAGCAUUAAGACGGAGAACUGGUCUAAAUCUCCUAUCUCUUCUGAACAGUCUUUGUCUAUGACAAGCAGUGCCAUUCUUACGUCAGAAAGGCCAUCCAGGCCUAGCCCUGAUUUUUUGAUUGGGGACGAAGAUGAGGAUCUCAUGGAUGUUGCCCUGAUAAGAAAUUGAGAAUAUUUAGCCAAGGUUGGCAGGUGGGGAGUGGGCUGGGCUAAAUGUUUCAUUUAGUGUUGUUUUAAAAAUGUUUUUAAAGUUGUGAGUGCAAACAACACCCUUGUGGAUUCAGGUAAAAACAAGCAUUUUUCUUUGGCUGUCCUUUUUGACAAAUGGAGCAUAGUGAAAAAAAUAUUCUUCAAUUCUUGGAAGUUUACGUGGACUCUUACACAUGCAUACUUCCAUCUAAUCAGAGUCUCCACCACAAAGAAUUGAUGCACCAAGCUAUUUGGUGCAGUUCUGUCACUUGUCCCAGAGUUACAUGCCUGUGGACUUGCAAGAUAGAAUUGAAACUUGGGCAGAUAUUAAACAUUUCAUUUGUUUUACUUCACAUUUUUAGGAACAUUUCCAUUCUGGAGAGUAUUUUUAGUGUUCAGGAUUUAAGCUUGUUUGGGUUUUGUUAUUCAUACUCUGAAAUUUACACCAAAAAUUAAUUAGCGGAAUUGGUUCAGUGCCUGGUAUCUCCCCUAGUUCACAAGGUGCUGACUGCCAUCUCCUAUUAAAAAUAAAAUCUGAAAUGGAACUGUUCAGUGGAUAGCACCAGUUGGGCCCUUAUGCAGGUGGUGAAGUAUUUGACAUAGAUGUGUUAACAUCUUUUACAGCCAUUUCACUUAAUCUUUGUAUUAUAAAAUUGAUUUCUUUACUUCCAUGGAAACUGUUGGCUUCCGUGCAUGUCUCCUGUGUUACCACUGGGUAGUAUAAGAUGGAAACUGAGUGGGGAAGAAGAAAGUGAGGAUUUGGUGCUGUGAGUGUAGAUUGUUAAGACUUUUCAGCCCCUUUAAUUUUGAGGUAGGUUGAAAACCCAGCUAGGAGAGAAUACUGUUAAAAUAAGUGGGAGUGACACUUUUUUCCCUUGGUGAGUGUAGUUUGUUGGCAUGAGUGUGGGAUCAGUUUCCUCCUUGGUAUAAGAUCCACUGCAGCAUGGCUCCUUUACAUACCACUCCAGAAAAGUAGGAACCUUGAGGUCAUAUGGGAGGAAUCAGGAGUGCAAGUACUUCCCUUGGCAGUUGUCUCAAAUCCUAGGCAGAGUGAAGUGGCUGCAUCUUUGACUCCUCUCACAUGACUUCAACAGUUACUGGAACAGCAUACUGGAGCAGCUCACAGGCCAGUGACGUAAUAUAGGGUUCGAGACCUGUUAAGAAGGAGCCUAUAAUGUGUGAGUGGUCAAAAUAUAUGCUUAGUGAAUGUGCACUUCAACUCCCACCUAGAUGCAAGGAAAACAUUCUAGAAUUUUUCCAUAACAACAUAGUACCAGAUAGAGAUGGUAUUGUAGUGGAUUAAGAUUUGCCAUUAGAAUUUGCCUUGCUGUGUUCCAUUGAAGGCCAUGAACUAUAUGCAUAUCACCCUCUGUCUUGCACCUUGAUGUCUUGUUCUCUCCAGUAUCGUCUUCACAUGGAACAUAACCUGAUACUCAAGAGAAUAGGGUAGCACCUGGUCACAUAGAAUUCCACGUGGUAUACUAGAGUAUGCAGCAAUAAUGGGGAACCUGUGGCCAUCCAAAUGUUGCUGGACCUAUAACUGCAGACGACUUGGGUGUGUACAAGGUCUUUGAAACAUUGAGAGGUUUUUUGUGAUAGCCACAUCACAGAAUGUAACUGUGUAUGUUCAGGCCACAGCAGUUCUCUUUAUUAUGAUGGUUUUUACAGUAUUCUUUUCAUUUAGGGAAGCUGGGUUCUGAGAAAAGCAGUGUGCAACUCAAAAUGAGAAGCUUUAUUGUUUAAGGCUUUGGACAUCUUGCUGCAUCUCAGCAGCAACAUCUGAGUGGUGUUUUCAUGAUGGAACGCACAAUAUAGUUCUGGUAUCCUCUAAUUGGAAUGGAAUUGCUGAAAGUAUUUGGAGGAUGAAGGCUGUGAGGAGCAAUGUAAUACAAUUCUUAGGUAUGGACAGUGUCUAAAAUAUUAAAAGAUGUAAUGGCUCUUGAACCAUGAAUUCUACCAGAUCUUUUAGAGGGGUUAUUCUUUGGGUCCCAAAGUUAAACAAGCAUUGAGACUGUCUGUUUUUCAGUGGACAUCCAUCUUGGCCAGUAGUAGGUUUUUUAGUUAUGCAAAAAGGUUCUCCAGAAUAAAAACGAGCCUUGAUCCAGUGUAUGACAGGUGCAGAAUUUGCUCAUGAAUGGAUUCCCUUAUCAGUCAUAAUGGCUCUUUCCCUGGCACAUAUGAGGGAUGAGGAUGAUGCACCAGCCUUCCAUUUCCCACAAAUGCUGAACACUCAAUUAUAUGUGGGAAGGAGGGGAGAGAUUAGGUUUAUUGUGGCCUAUGAGUCCUCUGUGUAUAAACUGGAUUAAGUUACUGUAUAUUUUAGUUCCAUGGAAGUCUAAUGUCUACCAUGCUAACAGGUUCCAAAAUUGUGUGGUUUUUUUAAAAUCUUAUCCAAGCAGGAUGUUAAUAAAGUUCUACUUUUAAUACAACAUA